AUGCAUUCGCGUGUAUUGUCGAAUUACAACCGCACUAGCUCACGCUGCACCGUAGCAGCGAUAGUGCAGUGCUGCAUCGUGCGCCAUCCAUUAACGAUGGCAGGCGGUGAGGAGAUAGAAUUGAAACGAAUCUCAUCGAACACAUUACUGAGCUUUACUCCAUCGACAUUGCGAUUUAGAAAUGUGUUCUACCGAGCCAAAGAUAAGGAAAUUCUGAGCAACAUCUCUGGACGAUUCCAGCAUGGUCGAAUGGUGGCCCUGAUGGGUCCCUCCGGAGCAGGCAAAUCAUCGCUCCUGAAUGUUCUUUCCGGAGCGCAAAUGUUCGGCAUGAUCGGAUCGGUCACGAUCAACGGUGAGCCAGUAGAGGAGAACGAUCGACGCAGUGUGUACGUGGAGCAGGAAUGUCCACUACUGGCUUUUCUAACCGUGCAAGAGACGAUGCAAUUCGCUGUCGACAUGAAAAUGCAACAACACUCAUCCCCCACGGCAAAGCAAACGAAAAUCAAUGACAUCUUACAGAUGGUCGGUCUGGAUGAUGGGCGUAGUACGGUGGUAAGGUAUCUCUCCGGUGGUGAGCAACGUAGAUUAGCCGUUGCAGUAGAGUUGAUCACAAACCCACCGAUUAUGCUGCUUGACGAGCCAACCAGUGGUUUGGAUAGCGUGUCUUCGGUGCAAGUCAUAUCUCAUCUGAAGUCGCUGGCCAUGAGUGGACGUACAAUCAUCUGUACGAUUCACCAGCCUUCGUCGAGCUUGUUCCAGCUAUUCGAUGAUGUGUAUCUGUUGCGCCAUGGUCGUUGUUUGUACGCAGGACCUGUGGAGAACAUGCUGGUAAGAUUCGCACACGCCGGACUUGUAUGUCCGGAAUACUACAACCCGGCGGAUUUCGCUCUGGAAGCCAUAAGUGCAGAUCAACCCGAAGCGCACGAUAGGCUUUACCACUGGGUGGACGAGGAUAUGCGUGAAAUUAACGCGGCGGCUCCUUCCAGUCCUACGACUCUAGCUGCUCAGCUAGCUCCGGCCAAGAGUAUCGCCCGCUACCAGACGGCAUGUUACUACCAACUGUAUAUCUUACUAAAACGAUCGGUGCUUUCCUCUGCUCGAGAUGAGUUCUUCCUCAAGAUACGCAUCGGCAUGCAUGUGGCCCUUGGACUCGUUUUCGGAGUUGUACACUACAAUGUCGGGAUGGACGCCGCAAAGGUGCUUGCCAACGUCGGUUGCUUUUUCCAGCUGUUUGCGUUCAUAUACUUCUCCAACGCGGUUUCCGUACUGAACUAUGCCGAUGAGGUUAACGUUGCCACUAAGGAGAUCGCCAACAAUUGGUACUCACGAGUGGCGUACUUCCUCGCGAAGCUGAUUCACGAUCUGCCACUGCAGUUGUUCUGUCCCGCGCUGAUGCUCGCGAUCGUGUACUACCUCACGGGACAACCGAUGGAAUGGAUGCGGUUUGGAAUGCUGCUGGGUGUGUUCACCGUCGGGGGAGUGAUUGGUCAGAGUUUGGGUCUAAUCGGAGGCAUCUGCUUCAAUGUGAAGAUGCAAAACUUUUUUGUGGCGAAUGCGUGCAUUGUUCCGAUCUUGUUUUCCGGAUUCUUUGUCAACUCCAGUGAUAUGAUCACAAUCCUGAGACCCCUCAGCGCAGUGUCGUACUUUCGAUAUCAGUUCCAUGGUGCAAUGCAAGCGCUUUACGGGUACGAUCGUGCUAAUAUCCCAUGCAGUCAAAUUCACUGUUACUAUAAAAAGCCACGCACGAUCCUCGAGCAGUUCGAUAUUGACGAGUACGGGUAUGCAACGAGUAUUUUGAAGGCGCUAUGUUUGGUGCUGUUGAUGCAAUUGGUUAUAUACGUAGGUUUUAUUAUGCGAUUAAGGCGAAUAAAAUAGUAAGCGCUCGAUAUUGUCGUACAAGCA